AUGUUGGUUUUGCAAAAACUAAAGUUCAGGGAGGAGCUCCUCGUUGUACUGAUGAAUGAAGCUGAAAUUUGGGUCCAAAUUCAUCAGCUCCCAUUUGAAUUCAUGUGUGAAAAUGUCAGCAUACUCAUAGGAAAUCACAUCGGCAAAUUUAUCGCGUACGAUGAACAAGAUAACUUUGGCACAUGGAGAAAAUACAUGCGAAUCCGAGUAGCUAUCAACAUCCAAGAACCGCUCAAAAAGAGUUGGUCCUUUGAUCGUCUAGAAGGUGAACAUGUUCAUGUAUUCUUCAAAUACGAAAAGCUUGGAAUUUUUUGCUUUCUUUGUGGCACCAUUGGUCACACAAAUAAUUUAUGCCAUAAGAAAGUCAGUGCUAGCAGCUGUGAAGACAUGAGAGGCUGGGGAAAUUUUGUGCAUGCUGAAGUUGAAGGUUAUGGCGGAAAUAAAAACACGAACAGGUGGUUGAGAGGUGGCCGGAACCAAGAAGGUGGUGGUCGUGGCACCGGAGGCAGUAGGAGUAAUGACUAUGCUGAUGAAAUUAAUGGUAGUAACGUAACUGAUGGACAAACUUUUAAAGCUAAAGGUUUGAAUUUUGAAAAUGUGAAAGAGGUUAUUGAAGAGCAUUUAGUACUAAACGUUUGCUUUUUUUCUUUCAAAUUUGAUGAGAUGAAGGAGAGUCAAUGCAAAGGUACCAAGAGUUGGAUCCCUUUUAGUCAAACACUUACUAUAAUUGGAAAAAGUAACGAUGUUGCUAUCCAACAAAGAGAAAAUGGUAAUGGAAACAACAGUUCGGUCAACACUAAUUUUGAAUUGGUUACACCUGUCGACUCUGAGCUUGCUUCCUUAUUGACAAAGCAAGUAGUUUUCAGCGAGAGGGGCCCAGCGAGUCAAUUCAAUGUUGCAAUGGACCUGGCAAAACAUGCUAUAGCGCAACUUUCCUUUAAUGCUGCAGAAAAACCGACGUAA